AACGCACGCUAAAUUAAUGGGACCGAAAACUCUCGUCACAAAAAACGUCUAAACUCUAUUUUCUCUUCUUCCACUUCCGUUUGCGGAAGAGCAGAAAACCCUAAAUCAUGCAAACGAGUCAAAUCCCAAACCCCGAUCCUCUCUACGACAUAAUCAUCUUAGGGGCCUCGGGGUUUACCGGAAAAUAUGUAGUAAAAGAGGCUUUAAAGUUUCUCAACACCCCAUCUUCUCCUCUUAAAACUUUGGCACUUGCUGGUCGUAGCCGUGAAAAGCUUACUAAAACUCUUCAAUGGGCGGCUCAUCCAAGUUCUCCUCCUCCUGAUGUUAGUGUUAUCAUUGCUGAUACCACUGAACCAGCUUCGCUUUCAAGUCUUUGUAAUCAAACUAAGCUCUUGCUUAACUGUGUUGGGCCUUAUAGGAUCCAUGGUGAGCCUGUUGUUUCUGCUUGCGCCUCUUCUGGGUGUGAUUAUUUGGAUAUAACUGGAGAGCCUGAGUUUAUGGAAAAAAUAGAGGCCAAAUACCAUGAAAAGGCUGUGCAGGCAGGUUCCUUGAUUGUUUCAGCAUGUGGAUUUGAUUCAAUUCCUGCUGAAAUGGGUGUUAUGUUCAAUACAAGGCAGUGGGAGGCUCCUGCUGUGCCAAACCAUGUUACUGCAUAUGUAAGUUUGGAGUCUGAUAAAAAAAUUGUUGGGAACUUUGCAACAUAUGAAUCAGCAGUUUUGGGUGUGGCAAACAUGGGCAAGUUGCAGGAAUUGAGGCGUUCUAGACCCAGGAAACCUAGGCCAGUGAUUCCUGGUCCACCACCUCCUAAAGGAUCAACUAUAGAAUACCAGGAUCAAAUUGGUCUUAGGACUGUAAAGCUACCCUCCGCAGAUGCUGUUAUUGUUCGAAGGACUCUUGUCACUCUGAUGGAGAACCCAUGUGGUCUCCCUGGGAUUAAUGAGAGUCCUGAACAUACCCAAAAGAGGGAGGCCUACUGGUCAUCAGUGAAGCCAGCUCAUUUUGGAGUGAAAAUAGCAUCUAAAACCCUUUUAGGAAUCUAUCGGAUCAUCGGAGUUGGGAUUUUCGUUGGUGUAUUAAGUAGAUUUUCAUUCGGGAGGUGGCUUCUCUUAAAGUUUCCCUCAUUUUUCAGCUUCGGGUGGUUCCGAAAAAUGGGUCCCACGGAUGAAGAGGUGAGAAGCGCAUCAUUUAAAAUGUGGUUUGUUGGAUACGGUUUCAGUGAUAGCAGCCUGGCUUCAGAAAGGAACUCGAAACCUGACAUGGAAAUCAUAACGAGAGUAACGGGACCUGAAAUCGGGUAUGUGACAACUCCAAUAAGUCUAAUUCAAUGUGCUCUCAUAGUUUUGAGUAAUCGUGAAAACCUGCCGAAGGGAGGAGUAUAUACCCCUGGCAUCGUCUUUGGUCCAGAUCUCCAAGAAGGACUGCAAGAGAAUGGAAUUUCAUUUGAUCUUGUUUCCAAGACUGCUCUCCGUGGCCCGACCACUGCUUAAAGUUGGUAAGCUUUUCAUAAAUUUGAUACAAUGACUUUGUUGGAAACAACAGUUUGGUUUUGAAUUAGUUUCUCUUGGAUGAAUAAGUUAUAUGCAACACUAGACUUGCUUUUUUGUGGGGUGUUGGUUACAACUCUUAACAUUUAGUAUCUCUGAAAGUUUUUCCCUUCGAGUUAAAAGCAUGUCUUCUGUUCUUUCCGA